UCUCACUGCUAAAUAAGGAUUUACUGUAACGAUGAAGUGGCAAUGGCCCCUUGUUUUAUUUAUUUAGCUCAAAUGCAAAUCUGAUAUUGUUACAGCGAACAUGAAAUGAAUGUUUACAAAAUCAAAAUCGAGGUAGGUAGCAGAGAGAGGUCACCAUGCCUACGGUGGUGUUGAUGGACGUGUCCCUCUCUAUGACGCGCCCGGUCUCGCUGGAAGGCACGGAGGAGUACCAGCGCAAGAACCUGGCCUCGCACGGGUUAACGAUGCUGUUCGAACACAUGGCCACCAACUACAAACUGGAGUUCACCGCUCUUGUAGCCUUCUCGUCACUCUGGGAGCUGGUGGUCCCUUUUACCAGGGACUACAACACACUGCAGGAAGCACUAAGCAGUCUGGAGGAUUAUGAUAAGACGUGCCUGGAGGCGGCUCUUCAGGGGGUUAGCAAUGUCGUACAGCAGGAAUGGGGGGGUGCCUUCCCCUGCCAGGUGGUUUUAGUAACGGAUGGCGCUUUAGGGAUUGGAAAAGGCUCCUUGAGGCACUCUUUAGCGACUUUGAAACAGCGCAGAGAAGACAAGAAAUUUCCACUGCCUUUCCCGUUCCCUUCCAAAAUCCACAUCAUGUGCAUUGCCAAUCAAGAGGAGCUCCAGAACACAGGUGUCUUGGAUAACCUUGAGCAGCUGAUAAAUCUGAACAAUGGAGAGGGACAGAUCUACACUGUUGACGGCCCAUUAUGCCUGAAGAAUGUGCAGUCAAUGUUUGGAAAGCUGAUAGACCAAGGCUACUCCCCUUUCCAUGCUGUGUUGAAGUGUGGGAACCUGGCUUCGGACGUGCAGGUCUUUCCCAGGCCUGAGCCAGUCCUCAUUGCUGAGGAAUCUGAACCUGUCCUUAGAACCAUUAAUACAGAUUUGGAAAUUGUUGGAUUCAUAGAAAUAGCUGAUAUUUCUAGUCCACCAGUCCUCUCCAGGCAUCUGGUUUUACCCAUAGCAGUAAGCAAAGAAGGUGAUGAGGUUGGUACUGGGAUCCCUGAAGACACUGAAGAUGAGAACUCGGCCAAUCAGAUUGCUGGCAAAAGCCCAAAUUUUUGUGUCCUGCUACACGGCAGCCUCAAAGUGGAAGGCAUGGUGGCGCUGGUCCAGCUGGGUCCUGAUUGGUACGGGAUGCUGUACUCUCAAGCUGAUAGUAAGAAGAAAUCCAACCUGAUGAUGUCGCUGUUUGAGCCAGGUCCUGAAACACUUCCUUGGCUGGGGAAAAUAUCUCAGCUUGGACCCAUUUCAGAUGCUAAAGAAAAUCCUUAUGGAGAAGAUGACAGCAAAAGCCCUUUCCCUUUACAGCCGAAGAAUAAGCGCAGCUACGCACAAAAUGUUACUGUGUGGAUCAAGCCCAGCGGGUUGCAGACCGAUGUUCAGAAGAUCUUGCGAAAUGCCAGAAAACUUCCAGAGAAGACACAGACAUUCUAUAAGGAGCUGAAUCGCUUGAGGAAGGCGGCUCUAGCGUUUGGGUUCUGGGAGCUGCUGAGCGGCGUAGCGGAGCUGCUGGAGCGGGAGUGCACUCUGCUCCCUGACACCGCCCAUCCCGAUGCAGCGUUUCAGCUCUCCCACGUAGCACAGCAGCUCAGACUGGCCAGCACAGGGGACUCGCAGUACGCAGCCUUCACCCACAACAUCACACCCAUGCCGACCGACUUCUCGGGCAGCAGCAGCAACGAGAGGAUGUAGGUCUCGACACUGAAUUAAAAAUCAAGACCUCCUAAGGAAAUACAGCCUUCUGUACCAGAAAAUGUGUGACUGAACAAUCUUUUAAAAAAAAUAAAAAAUAAAAAAAUAAAGUAUUACAUAUUUUGAUAUUUUGUAUAGUUGUCCUUUAGGUUGUAAACCAUAUUAUAGUUUGGGGAAAAACCUAGAAGUCAAACAGUGGUAAAAUACUGCCUCAUAAUUACCUUUCCUUUUUUUUUGUUUUGUUUUAUUACAAAGCAGAUCUGUAAAUAGUAUUUGUCAAAUAGGUUGGUAAAUAAAAUGAAACCGAUAGUUGUCUUUGGCUUGUGUCCUAACAUUGGAUACCCACUCAUUACUACAUCCCUGUGUUUUUCACUAAGUUUUUAACCUGUAAUUUAGUCCUACAGCCCCAAGUACUCUACAUAAUGAGCAAUCAUUAAAAAAUCAUCUCAUUACAUUACAAUCAUUUUAAUUGCUCAUCCCUCUAUAUGUAUAACAGAAUUUUAAAAUGAUUUUUUUUUUCAGUAUUAUUUCAGAGAACUCAUGACGGUAAAUACAUCACAUAUAGGUUUUAAUUUAACAGUACAUUUUUACCCAAGUCAUUUCGCAAUUUUUUUUAAUACAUUUUGUUGAUAUAAAGUCUAAAAUCCUUAAUGCUUUCUGAGCUGGUUAAAUAAAACAUGGUUUUCUUCUGCAUUGAUCAGACUGCUGUAGUAACUUGUCAAUUUUUCAUAAAGUUUGUGGAAAGUUUUAACAACACCGUUUAUUCUGCAAUGUAAUCCGUGCUGUGUAAUUUAUGCCAGUGCUCGGUAUGAAUUGAAUUCUGCAGCUUUAUUAUUCGUUUGAAUUCUAGCGUUACGGCUUUCAGCGAUCUUGUGACCGAUCUGUCAAAUAAAUGCUUUUUGAGUUUGUGGGUCCUAAAACAGCAAAUCUCGAGGUAAGCUUUUUCUUUAAAAGCAUCACUUUCAGGAAUUGACAUUGUCCCACGUAAUUAGGGGGUGUUUUCUAAUUAGCCAGAAUUUUAUUGGUUGAUUACUUAGUUAUGCUUUUGAUCAGUUUAGCUGGAGUGUCUACACGGACAUCUGUAAGUUUUAGGAUUGAACUUUUGGUUCAAUGUGACUACUUCUGACUU